GUUGCCGUGGAAACGCCCCGAUCAUGGCGCUAUGACGUCUUAAAAUCUGGCGGAUGUCGUCACCAGCAAGCGACUUAGUGACGUCAUCACGACUCGUCUGCCCGGCGGCUUCACGCAGUCGCAACGAGACAACUCGAGGCGCCGGAUUCCUCUCGAUGGCGGGGCUCGAGCUGCUGUUCGAGGGCGCCGCAAGAGGCGUGGCGUCUCCCUCAGACGCGCUGCUUUGCUUGCUGCACUGGGAGCUGGUCACAGCUGGGUACAAGUGCAGGGGGCUCGGCGAACAGGCUGGUGAAAGUGACAAGAACAGUGAAUUGCUUCCACAAGGAUGGAAUGACGUCAAAGACGUUUACACACUGAGAUAUGCGUCCAAAGACCGCUCAUUACUUUUAAAGGUCAUCCCCAUUGAGAGCGAAGCUAUUAUCAAUUUAAUGGAUACAAAAACUGAACAGGUAGUUGAUUUAACAUUGAAGCUGACUGAGUACAUUGAUGAGGACAAUCUCCAAGAUUUUGAAAGAGUUUUCAAAAAUCAAGAUGGUCUCCGCAACUUGGUGGCCAGAGAACUUGUGGAGCCACUGGGAGGAAGGGAGCAGAGGCCACAACAGGCCAAAGCCUCAGGUUCACAGCAGGAGGGCAGUCGCAUUGACCCCCUCAGAGAUUACGGACCUCCAAAGAACCUUCCACAUGGCUUCCGACCACCAAAACAACCUGACUGGUCAGAUCCUGUGAACCCAUUUUCAGUAGGUGGAGCUGACCUGGAUCCAUUUGGACGUGGCCAAGGUGGAAUGUUGAUGGACCCCAGGCACCGUGGUCCCAGACCUCGGUUUCCUGGUCAGCUACCCCUGGGCUCUGUGCCUCCCGGCGCUCGGUUUGACCCCAUCGGUCCCUAUGGCACCCACGGCGGGCCGGAUCCAGACCACCUGCCUCCCCCCAACUAUGAUGAUAUGUUUAUGUAGCACAACUUGUACAUCUGGAAUUACCUGCAAACGCAAUACACUGCAGUGCUCUUUUAGAUCAAUCUGAUCUUACAAACUUCAUGCAACUGAAAAGCACUUAAUGCUAGAAAAAGAUGUGCAGUCUUGUUUAAAUGUGGAAUUUGUUAAAUCAAAUUGUACUUUUGUUCAUAUUUUUCGUUGCUUGAUAAUUCUUUGCUAUUGGUGUAAGUACUUAUCCCAACGUAAAAUAGUAAAGAUAUAUGGUCUCAUGCUA